AUGACAGAGCCAACGACGGAGCCAGAGUCCGUGACCAUGGAAUCAGAAGAACUUGAAGUUCAAUUAACGGAGGCUGAGAAGUUGCAUCUUCGUCUACGUCAAGAUCCACACGACACAGAGGCAUGGCAACGCCUGAUAGCUGAAGUAGAAGAGAGCGGAAAUCUGGAGAAUAUACGCGACACGUACGAUGCCCUUUUGAAGCAAUAUCCAAAUACACCAUCCGCACAGAUUCGCUACAUUAGUCACUUCUUGAACAAUCAAAGGACAUUUGCUGAAGCAGAGCAUCUUUUUAAGCGGUUCUUGAAAGUCACUAGUCCGUCCGUGAAUAUGUAUAGGUACUACUUGACAUAUAUCAGACGCAUAAACACUGGCACAGAUACUCAGUCUCGAGAAACUAUUCGCAAGUCUUACGAGUUUGCCAUCAAUUCUAUAGGGAGUGACAAAGAUUCUGGUGACAUAUGGAGCGACUACAUUGCGUUCUUGGACUCGGGAGAGAAUUCAUCGACAUGGGAAGAGCAGCAAAAAAUGGAUAUGGUCCGCAAAGCAUAUCAACGCGCUGUGCAAACACCGCUCGACAAUAUCGAGAAACUCUGGAGCGACUACGAAUCGUUUGAAGUCAAGCUAAAUCGCAUUACAGCUAAAAAGUUCAUGAGUGAACUCUCGCCAGCUUACAUACAAGCGAGAUCAGUCGGGCGUGAUCUAACGAAGCACGUUGCUGCGCUCUAUCCUUCUGAAGCCCCUUUAGCUGCCAACUCAAAACCCGAACUCUCUCUACCAACCGUACCUUCCUUUACAAUCCCCGAAAGACAGCUUGUCGGAAAAUGGAAGGCGUAUCUCAAGUGGGAGGAGAGCAACCCUCUGAUGAUAGAAGAGAAAGACAAAAAAGAUCUACACAACAGAAUUCAACUCGUGUAUAGGAAAGCUCUUGUUCGAAUGCGUUUUUAUCCUGAAAUAUGGUUUAUGGCGUAUAAUUGGACGAAUAGCGUUGGAAAACACGAUGAAGCAUUGACAGUUCUUAAGACUGGCCUGGAAGCAAAUCCAUCGAGCUUUCUUCUUACCUUCGCAUAUGCGGAGGCACUUGAAAUCAAGAAAGACUAUGCACAAGUUCACACAACCUACACCGACUUCCUCCAGGUUCAAAAAGUUUCGCUUGCAAAACUGCAAGAACGGGUAGACGAGGAAAAGGCCAAGUUAAAAUCUGGUGACACUGACGAGAUUGCCAUUGACACUGACCCCGAUCUACCCAAUUCGACCGAAUCUUCAUUGUCUGUCCUGAAUAGUGAUCUUGAAGAUAGAAAGAAAGAGUAUGCACUCACGUACAUUAUUUAUAUGCGUUUUGCACGAAGAGCCGAAGGAGUAAAAGCAUCAAGGAGCCUCUUCGGAAAAGCCAGAAGAGAUAAGUACGCCUCUUGGGAAGUUUACGAGGCCGGUGCACUCAUGGAGUACCAUAAUACCCAAGACAAGGAGGUUGCAACUCGGAUAUUCGAGGCCGGUAUGGCGCAACAUGCGAAUGAGAAAGAGUUUGUAUUACGAUAUCUCACGUUCUUAAUCUCUGUGAAUGACGAAAACAACGCUCGUGCCCUGUUUGAGCGCGUUAUUCCUACCUUCACUGCCGAAGAAUCGCGGCCGAUCUGGGAACGCUGGGCACGUUAUGAACACCAAUAUGGUGAUCUUGAAGCGUCCCAAAAGAUUGACAAACGAAUGGCUGAAAUGUAUCCUAAUGAUAUGUCAGAUCCUCCCAUCAAACGCUUUGCUCAACGUCAUAUAUAUCUUGGGCUAGAUGCUAUCGCUUCGCGUGAUAUUGGAGCCAGAGUCCGAAAAGAAAGUUCGAGCCGAGGAGAUUCUCUUACCAGCAUCGCAAGUACCAACGACCGAUCUUCAAACUCGACCUCUUUGUUGAAACGCCUACCAUCUCCGGAGCAUGACAAGCGACGUGGAGAGCACGGGGGACACAAGCGACAACGCAACUUGUCACCAUCAAGGGAGCGUGACCGCGACCGAUGGGAUGUUCCAUCUCGAAGAAGGUCUCCCGGACCAAUUCCUGAAAAAGAAAGGUCAUUUAGACGGAAUGAGAAGGAACGCGAUGAAGAGAAAACGGUCACUCUGCCUCAAGCACUGUCGUGGUUUAUCGGACAACUUCCUGCACCAUCUGUUUUCGAUGGACCUGUAUUUAGAACGGACGAUCUUAUCAAUUUAUUCAAAAAUGCUGUGAUUCCUAGUACGACUAAACCGAGAUCACCGCCUCCUCCUCCCCCGCCUCGAUCAGGUGGGCGACCGCCACCAGAUUAUAGUCCUUACCAAGGCCCGACCGUCAAUACUGCUCGAAGGCGGUACUAG